AUGUUAAAGCUUAGUCUGUUUGGAAUUGCGCUAAUCCUAUUUCUUGUUGGAGAAACUUGGAGUCAGAGAAAUUACGAAUGUGGGAAACGAAUUUGCGUUAGGAACUACAGGCCAUUUUGUGGGGAGCGUGAGGACGCCGAUGGCAGAAUUGAAGAGAAAAUGUUUUUUAAUAGAUGUGAUUUCGAUCUUUCUCAAGAUUGCGAUGAGGGUUGGGUCCCAUGCAAAACUAAGAAAUACGUAUAA